AUGGCAAGUGUCGGCGCUGCAUGUGGCCUGAAUAUCAAAGACCUCGGCUUCAUAUACUUCGAUGCACACGAUGACCUUGAUUCACCCGAUAUGAAUGAGAACGGAUAUUUCGAUGCGAUGGGUCUCUAUGCUGCGUGGAGAGAGCUGGAAAACCUUGAUCAACACCGUAUGACUUCCAUAUGGGGUGAAACCGAGCGGAAGGUGGAUUUCACUGCUGAGCUGAAGAAACAUUUGGAGUCGGGCUCUUAUAGUCCAGCUCUUGUGCAUCUUGACCUAGACGUGCUUGAUGAGUCUUAUGGUAAAGUCAAUGACUAUCCCUCACCGGGUGGUAUGUUCGAAGAGGAAUUGGUGGCUUGUAUGGGUCUCGUGCCGCAAAAGGCUACGCCCAAGUCCCUCACUGUGUGUUCGUUUGAUCCCAAUGCUGGAGAUGGCGACAAAAUUGCUGGUAUUGCAAUCCGGGCAGUUGUGGCCUUUGUAAAAUCGCUUGUGGAAGCUGAUACUUUGUCUACAUCUUCAAAGCCAUGA